ACCAUCAAACUCUUCCAAACUCUUGAUACCCAUCCUUUCCUCUUCCCCACUACACCAUCAACAAUGGCUCCCACCGAGAUGAAGCAAUGGACCAUCAACGGCCAGAACGGCCUUGACUCCCUGACCUACCAAGAGAAGGUUCCCGUUCCCAAGCUCGGCGACAAGGACGUCUUGGUCAAGCUUCACGCUGCUUCGCUCAACUUCCGUGACCUUGCCAUCCCCAAGGGCAUGUACCCGUUCCCCGUCCGCGACGGCGUGGUCCCCACCUCCGACGGUGCAGGCGAGGUUGUUGCCGUCGGCGAGCGUGUCUCCCGCUUCAAGGUGGGCGACAAGGUCGCUACCCUCUUCAACCAGUCACACAUUGCCGGCCCGCUGGACGGCAACUCGAUCAAGACGGGCCUGGGCGGCGUCCUUGACGGCUGCCUGCGCCAGUACGGCGCCUUCGACGAGCAGGGCCUCGUUGCUGUUCCCGCUAACCUCAACUGGCUCGAGGCUUCGACGCUGAGCUGCGCUGCCCUGACUGCCUGGAACGCGCUGUACGGCCUGGAGGGCCGCCCCCUGAAGCAGGGUGACUACGUCCUUACUCAGGGAACCGGCGGUGUCUCUAUCUUCGCUCUGCAGUUCGCCAAGGCUGCCGGCGCCAAGGUCAUCGCGACCACCUCCACCAAGGAGAAGGCCGAGUUCCUGAAGAAGCUGGGCGCCGACCACGUCAUCAACUACAAGGAGGACCCCGCAUGGGGUUCUUCGGCCAAGAAGCUGACGCCCGAUGAGCGCGGCCUCAACUUCGUCGUCGAGGUCGGCGGUCCCAAGACGAUGAAGCAGUCGCUCGCCUGCAUCGGCGUCGACGGCAUCGUCACUAUCAUCGGCUUCAUUGCCGGCCAGGGCGAGGAGGAGCCCAGCUACCUCGAUGCCCUCAUCCACCUCUGCACCGUUCGCGGCAUUUUCGUCGGCUCGCGCCAGCAGUUCGAGGACAUGAACCGCGCUAUCCAGGCGAACGACAUUCACCCUGUUGUUGACAAGCAGGUCUUCUCGCUCGAGCAGUCCAAGGAUGCUUACCAGUACAUGCUGGACCAGAAGCACAUUGGCAAGAUCUGCAUCAAGAUCGAGUAAGCGUUCUGUGUACAUAGAUAAGAAAAGGUGGAAUUUGGCGGUCAAAAGCAUAGAAUCAUGUGGAAAUGAUGGUAUAUAAUUAAUGACUGAACCGUCCAAAAGAAAGUUCGCACUUCACUGUCAAAGAGGAUUGAUUCACUGUGGAGUGAAAUAGCUAAUAAAACUUUUAGCGUCUUGUCUUUCGAGGGUACAUAACCUGAAUCUUAGAGGAUCCCAGAGCGUAUACAAUCUACGGAUUUGAAAGAUAGUUUUUGUUUUCACUGAGUACAAGCAUGGCAAUCUCGCUAGGUGGUGAGUCUUGCGUGACG